CGAGCCAUCGGGGCCUGCUAUGAAAACGGCUGACAGAGAUGUUGUAUUUGGAAUUUACGUACAUAAGAAAAAGACACAUUAAAUCAUAACAUAAUCCGCCCGAUUCAAGGGGUUCAUAACCCCCUAUUCCUUUGGUAUAAUCGAUUUAACUCGAUGGACCUUUAUAUAUAAUAUGAUUCAAACUAUGAGCCUCUUCUUAUAACAAAACCAUAUUGUUUUUUUUUCCUUCCAGUAGAACAAAUUAUUUGCCUUAACUUUUAAUGGAUUCCAUUGUUGCAAGCUCCCCAAUUACUUUAGCAACUCUUCCAUGCAAUAAUGCUACUCGCAGAAGCACAGUUUGCCAACUGAAGGGCUUCACUACCAUUGGAGGUCCAGUGGUUAGGGGGCUAAAACUUGCUCCUAAGAUCAAAUUAACGAAGGCAACUGAGAGAAUGGUUUCAUUCCCAUCUAAUUGUUUCAAGACUACAAUUUCUUGCUCCAUUAAUGCUCAACCAGAGACUCUUAAAACGGUUCAGAGCACAAUUGCUAAGCAGCUCUCCAUUGAUGAAAACACUGUCACUCCCUCAACCAAAUUUGCUGAUUUGGGGGCUGAUUCGCUUGACACUGUCGAAAUAAUGAUGGCUUUGGAAGAGAAGUUUGAUGUGUCAAUUGGAGAAGCGGGAGCUGAGAAUAUCUCAACCGUCCAAGACGCAGCUGAUCUGAUUGAGAAAGUGAAGGCAUGACCAGCUUAAAUAGACCAAAUAACACUUAUUAUUAAGCCAUCAAGGGUCUCUCUAUGACUGAUUAUUGUGAAGUUUUCUUCAAUUUUUUUUACCUGAAUUGUUGUCUAUGCAUUUAUUGAUCACUCCAAACAUAUGAAUAAUAAGUUUUAAAUUUUCUUUUAAUAUAAAGAAUCACAAAAUAAGUAUUUCCAUGCAGUUCUCUCACAUUUUACUCUAGUAUUCAGUAAUGAUAUCAAAUUCCUUUUUUAAUUUGAGGUAGAAACUUCACAAAGAAGAUUGGCACAUUAGAAAGCAAUGCAACACCACCUAUCAAAAGUACUCAAAAGCAAGCAUAGUGUGCGCGUAUCAAUAUAACUAUGAAUACAACUAAAGCAA